CUGCUAGGCAUAAAUAACCAUUACUUAGGCUAGCAACUCAUAUUUCAGGGGCGUCUUCCGGUGACUUUCUGUUCAUCAGUCCAGCCAUGCCUCUUCCAGACACAUUGUACUGUGCCCAGCAAAUCAACAUCCCUCCCGAGCUGCCAGACAUCCUUAAAGACUUUACUAAGGCAGCCAUCCGAACACAGCCCAAGGAUUUGUUGCAGUGGUCUGCGGCAUACUUCAGUGCUCUGUCUAAAGGAGAGUGUCUGCCUGUUAAGGACAGGCUGGAAUUAAAUGUUGCCACCCAGAAGACGGACACUGGGCUGACUCCAGGUCUUCUGAAGAUCCUCCACAAACAGCUGUCGCCCAAGAAAACCUGUAGCAAAGAGGAACUGCAGGCGAAGUGGAAGGGCCUGUGUCUACCUGUGGCUCAGCUGGAGACCCUGCUGUCGCUGGGCAGCUUUGGCUCAGAUAUUGACUGGAUGGAGUUUUUUGCCCUGGGCUGCAGCGCUCUUGGAGGGACUCUUAUCAGUUCGCUUAAGUUUGCCUGCGAGAUCCUAACAGAGGAUGAGACGGGUGGUGCCGCGAAGAUCCCGUUCGACACCUUUGUCAGGCUCUACACUUACCUGGCUCAGCUAGACGGGGACGUGCCACAGGAACGCAUUGACAACUUCCUCAGCAGUCUGCAGCCACAAGUCAACAAGCAGAACGGCAUGAUUCAGGUUUCCAACUUCUACCCCAGCAGGAAGGGAGGAAAGCAGAAGCAGAAAGCAGUGGAAGAAAGAAGUUAGAAAUAGGAAUAAGGAAAUGAUGGCGCCCAAUUAAUAAAUGGAGCUGCUAACGCUUCGUCAAGCACAGCUGUUUUUCCAAAAAGAAAUUGGUCCCAUUAAUUGUUGGCAUCAGCCACUGUGGCCGAUUAUUCAUCAGUGUCCGGCUGAAUCAAGCCGCUAUUAUGAGUCGGGUUGGAUUCUUUUAAUGAGCAGCAAUAGAAGCACAAAGCUGCCAUGCUCAAACUGUCAGGUAGGGCGUGUGUGUUCGGUUCAUUUAUCAUGCACGCUGCCUAUCAGCUUGCAGCCUCGCCACAUUUGGCCUCUCUGCUCGCGUCUGCAUUUCACCCAGCAGACCAAAAAAAAAGGAAGUCAAGUAGAUAAGCGCCUACGCCACAAGAGUGUGAUUUUCAGCUUGCGUUAGAGACUUGUGUUAUAUUCACUCCUCUGUGCAGUACUGUAAACAAACGCAGGCACAUUUCAACACCAGUGACAGAGACAGUGUGAAAGGUCCAGAGGUCCAGAGAUACAGUAUGACUGUUAUUAACAUAUUUGCCUCUCAUACAAACACAAACAAAACUGCUACGUUGGAGGUAUUUCAACAGACAGCACAACAAACGGGAUCAGAGAAAAUUCCGUUUUCAGACACUUUUGGCAUUUGGUCGCAGGGGUGGAGGAUACACGCACACACAGAUACUGUAGCUUACCCCUUCCAGGACUGCAACUGUGGUCAAGUCAAAGAAGACUGGAAGACAGAUAGAGCCCCCGCUAACUUGAUAACUGCAGGCUCUCCGCCCAUAUGACACAGCAGAGAAAGAAUUUUGUCAGGGCUUCCAGCAGUGAUCUUUUUGUUCGACGCCCACGUUAGAACUGAGUAAAUGAGCGUGCUGAAAAUAACUCUGUAUUAACUGUAAUCUGCUCAUAAUGCUUUUAUAUUUGGAAAGAUUCCUAUUUGUAUUGAUAGCUUUUAUGUCUGGGUGAAGUCUGAAGCAGAGAUAACUCUGGUAUCAAAGAUUUAGCACACGAUGCAGGCAGCGCAUAAUUUGUCUUCAUUAAAUAACACAACAUUCAGAAGCCAUGCGUGAGGAUGUGGAUCGCCCAGCUGGAAUUACAAGGUUAAAUAGGACGGGAUUUUUAGCUGUACUUAUAUUGUAUUAAAAGAGGUAUAUAAAUUGACAAGUGGAAAACAUAAACACUGAUUUGAACUUGGUUUCCUGUGGAUCAUUUUUUUCUACUACAGGGUUUUUUUUUUCCAGGAACCGAUGAACCUCUUUUGAUAAGGAAAUCAGGAAGUUUUUGAUUCUGUGCAGGGUUUUCUCAUAUACAGGAAUUUGUGGCAACCCCACAUGUUUUAUCCGAAGCCAGAGGAAAUAUAACAGUUCCUUUUUUAACUACUUAUUAGGGAUUCUUUCACCAUUACAUAGUGGGCAUUAUUGUAUAUCAGUUGCACAGAAAUAAUAAAA